GCCAGCCGUGGCCGAGAGCAGCCCGGGCGAAAGAGUCACGACGGGCCGCCAUGGACUGGCCCGGGGAAGGAGAAGAGCCGGCCGCUGCGGAAGAGGCGGCGGGGGGCGGCGGCGGCCUGGAGCUGCUGGCCCGGCGGCAGCGCAAGGAGAAGCGCGAGCUGCAAGCCAAAAUCCAAGGAAUGAAAAAUGCCGUUCCAAAGAAUGACAAAAAGAGAAGAAAACAGCUGUCUGAUGAGGUUGCCAAACUGGAGGCCGAGCUGGAACAGAAACACAAGGGGGAACUUAAGAAGCUAAAGGAGACACUAACUGAAGAGAAUAAAGAAGAUGCUGCAGUUAUAAAUAUUGCAAGACUGGAGCUUGAGGACAUGGAACAGAUUCAGCCUCCUAGAAUAACAAAAGCACAGAAGAGGCGGGAUAAAAAAGCAGCCAUGGAAAAAGAAAGAGAAGAAAGAAUUGCGGAAGCAGAGAUAGAAAAUUUAACAGGAGCUAGGCACCUUGAAAGUCAAAAACUUGCCCAUAGUUUAGCCACGAGGCAAUUAGAAAUUAAGCAGAUCCCAUCUGAUGGCCAUUGCAUGUACAGAGCUAUUGAAGAUCAGCUCAAGGAGCAGCAAAACUCCUGGACUGUUGCAACGCUUAGAAGUCAAACGGCAGAGUACAUGAAAAGUCACGUGGAUGACUUCCUACCAUUUCUAACUAACCCAAAUACAGGAGAUCUGUACAGUCAUGAGGAAUUUGAAAAAUACUGCCAUGAUAUAGCAAACACAGCUGCCUGGGGUGGCCAGUUGGAACUAAGGGCUCUAUCGCACAUCUUGCAAACGCCGAUUGAAGUUGUACAAAUGGAUUCACCACCUAUAGUUGUCGGUGAGGAAUACAGGAGAAAACCACUAAUACUUGUGUAUAUGAGACAUGCAUACGGGUUAGGAGAACAUUAUAAUUCUGUAAAACCUCUAAUGGACACACCUACGGAAAAUGAAAGCUAGUACAGGAUUCAACAGAAGAUAUGAUGAGUGCAUCUUUGCACUUUACGCUGCUUAUCUUUGGAUAGGUUUUAAAAUUCUGCUCGAGUUUUUUUACAAGGCAAUGAGGGUUUGGGGAUAUAUAUCAGAUUUGUUGUAUGAACUGUUAAUUCUAAUUUAAAUCAUGUUUUAAACAAAAUAUUCCCCAAGGUGUUUGCAAUGUAACUAAUAAAUUGUGUAUUACAGAUU